ACUUAAAGUCCUUGGUUCAUCGUUUCGUUCGAUCACCUACAAAAGAUAGAAUAAUACCCAAAGAAUAAAAAUGGCCGCCUCCAUGACGACGACCCAACAACAACCCGGCCGCAACGACCAGAAGCUCUCCUACCAGGUGGCCAAGACCGCCACCGCCGCCACCGUGGGCGGCUCCCUCAUGGCCCUCUCCGGCAUCACCCUUGUCGCCACCAUCAUCGGCCUCGUCAUCGCCACCCCCUUGCUCCUCAUCUUCAGUCCCGUCCUCAUCCCCGCCGCACUCACCGCCUUCCUCAUCCUUGCCGGGCUCUUCGCCUCCGCAGCCUUCCUCGCUACUUCCGCCUUCAUCUUCUACUGGAUGUACAUGUACAUUGCCGGGAAGCACCCGGUGGGAGAAGACAAGAUCAACUAUAUGAAGGAGAAGCUGGCGGUUGCGGCGCAGGGAUUCAAGGAGAAGGCGGCGGAGCUCGGGAGCAAGGGGCAGCAGCAGAUCAAGGGGACUGUGCAGGAAAGCACCUAAGAGGAGGCCGGAUGAUUAUUGAUUAUAUAUGUAUGUGUGUGUGUGGAGUUUAUGCUAGCAGCUCCCAUUAAUAAUAAAUAUAUGUUUUG